GCAUUUGAUUUAUAAAUAAAAUAAAAAAGUCCCUGAACCUGGGUUCCACUUCCACCUAUCUAUACUCCACUAGAGUUUCUUAGUUUCACUUUGGAAGAAGGAAGAAGGAAGAAGGAUGCAAGGCAUAAACGACGUCGUAGGGGAGGUGACUGCCAUCACUAUGACUAUCACCAACUCCUCCUCUUCCCUAUCCAUGGAGCUCGACGAGUCAACGGAGACCAGAAUCCAACGCCUCAUAUCGGAGCAUCCCGUCAUCAUCUUCACCCGAUCCUCCUGCUGCAUGUGCCACGUCAUGAAGAAGCUCCUCGCCACCAUCGGCGUCCACCCCACCGUCAUCGAAUUAGACGACAACGAGAUCGCUGCCCUUCCUCUCUCCGACACCACCGCCCCUGCCGCCUUCAUCGGCGGCACCUGCAUCGGCGGCCUUGAGUCCCUCGUCGCCCUCCACGUCACCGGCCACCUCAUCCCCAAACUCGUCCAAGUCGGCGCUCUCUGGGUAUGAGUAUCACCACUAUACUAUACAUAUCAUAUAUAUAUCUAUAUAUAUUCCUCCCUUUAAUUAAUUCAUAUAUAUAUAUGCUACCCUACCCCCACCCCCACCCCCACCUAGCUAUUAUUGUUUCCAAAACAAACAUUACUAAUUGUAUAAUUUAGGGUUUUAUUUUGUGAAUGAAUCCCAAUUUGUGUUGUUAUUGAAA